CGCUGGGAGAUCCACGACCUAGCCUAAAUGUCAUCCAAGGUUAGUACACAAUGAAUUCUUGCUGCUGCUGCUGCUGCUGCUUGUUGUAAUACGUUCCACGGCUGACAUGUCCCAGGCACUCCGAUGAAUCUAGAUGACGUACGAGCUGCGUUCAAAGCAGACAAACCAGACGUGGUGAUUGUGACGCUGAAUGCGCCUCGAGCGAGUGAUAGUCCAUUUGCUGCUCCCAUCUCUCCGCCUCGUCUAAUGGCCGACUGCAACGCCAAUGUAGUGGCUGCGAUGGAAGAGUUUGGGGUUCGCAAGAUCGUGAUUCUCCAGGCGUUCGGGGUGGGAGCAUCUUGGACUAAUCUGCACAUCCUGCUACGUCUACUCAUGAAGACAUCUAAUAUGUCACAUCAGUACGAUGAUCACAACGAGACAGAGAGGGAAGUCCUGGCCAGCGGGGUCGAUUAUGUGUUUGUGCGGCCGUCCCGGCUGGUCGAAACCGAUGAAACCGCCAUCAAGGUGUGGCCGGAUGAUGGCAAGGGAGUUCCCAUGAUGGCCAGUACAAGCCGGAUCAGCGUGGCACGAUAUUUGGUCGAUGUGGCCGAGGGUGAUGAAUGGGAUAACACGGCUCCAGUUAUCACCAACUGAAUCAAAUGGGGGAUCGGGACGGGAGGUGGAGAUGUUGCGGGGGUGGAGAUUGGCGUUGUUCAAUCAUUUGGUCUAUUUUGGUUGUGGGAUUUUUGGGUCAGGGUCAGGUCGGGUGGGUAUGUACAAUAUUGAUGAUAUGACAAAAAUCCCUGGCAGGUCUACGAUAUGCCUGGAUGUGUAAUGAUAAUAAGGGAAUUUGAACAAUGCAUGCAAGAUGAUGAAUGAGAGAUC